AUGUCUGAGGGUCUCGAUGCGGCCAAGGUGGACUGGCCACCCGCUGCUGUUGUUGAUUCCGCCACCGUUUUCGGACCUCCGCUGCCUUCGGCCACCUGCAUGACCUUGCCACCCGUGACCAAGAAGAAGAGCUCCUACCGCCCGGCUCAGACCGGCUCGGUGGUGGCCGAGCAGAUCCUGGAGGCGGUGGCCGCCACCAAGGAGCGGCAGGCUCCUAAGCUGGGCGCCAUCAAGAAGGUCAUCUCGGCGGCCGGCUACGACGCGGAGGAAACGGUUGCUCGGCCCGGGCAGUCGGUGAAGUCGUUCACCAACAAAGGCUCGCUGGCUCAGGGUGGUGCAGACGGAAGCCUGGCAACCCCGCCCCAGCAGGAGGUUGAGGGGGCAGCUAGUGAGAAGCCGCGGGUUAGGAAAACGGCGGCCGGAAAGACGCAUAGAAAAGUCAAGGGGCGUAAAAUAGCUAAAAAGUCGGCGUUGAAACUGAAAAAAGCACGAAAACUCCCCACAACAUCCAGGACUGUGAAGGUCGGGGCUCGGAGGAGGAGAUAGACGUGCAGCAAACGGAAAAAAUGUAUCGACACCAACGGUUCUUGUCAGGGCCUCAAUUUUUUCCGUCGAAGAGUUCCUUGUUGAUUCUCACUGAAAUUUGAUCACAUUUUACUUGACGAACUUUGUAACCGCGUCAUUGAUAAGGGUUGGAAUUUAAUUCCGCGUUAUCUCAGCAAUAUAUUAGUGAUAGUAAUUUACUUUUUAAAAAAAAAUGAUUACUGUAAUAAACCUAAAAUGAUG